GCAAUGGUACCAAAAAAAUCAACAAAACCCACAUCCAAUGGUUGAACACAUAUCACUAGAUAGAUAUACCCAAUGAACCAAAACAACAACCAAUAAACACGGUUUUGUUCAUCUUCCUCUUCCAGCACUUACAACCCAUGAUUCAAGUUCUUGAAUUUUACAUAAUAUUCAGCAAUCCCAAUUUUCAUAGUUAGUUAUUUCUCUGAAAUUCUUUAUCCCUUAAUUUUCAAGCUUCAGUUUUUCUUGGAAUUCUGUGAGGUAAUUCAGUUUAUAGAACAUUGGAAGAUUUUAUGGAUAUAUAGGGUUGAUUUUGGGAUGGGAAUGGCUUGUUUUUCUUUACCUUGUUGUACUGGGUCAUUUCUGACCCCAAAUAGGUUACAAAUUAGAUAUUGUAGGGUUUAUAGAGAUUUAUACACUAGUUCAUUUGUCUUACCUUCAAUGAAGUUUAAUCAAUGUUGUAAUUUUCAACAUGAGUUUGUAUUGAACAAGAAAUUUGAGCGUUAUUGUCGGUGCAAGUCUCAACAGAAUGAUGUUCAUAAUGAAAUUGAGCCACUUGUUAGUAGAAAUAGGGGUGAUAGGAAGAGUGGUUAUGGUAAAGAGGAGAGUAAGAGGUUGAAGAAGAGAUUUUCGUUGAGGUUGCGGCCGAGGUUACGGUUGUUGGUUAUGAGAAUGAAAAGGGCUUCUGUUGAAUCUGUUUUGAGUGAGGUUGGAAUGUUUGUUAGGAAUAAUAUUAGAACGGUGGCGUUUUCUACCUCGUUUUCGAUUGUUUUCACACUUUGUUUCUUGUUUUUGAAGUUUACUUCGAUUCCCCCAGCGAAAAUUGUUCCGUAUUCGGACUUGAUUGCAAGUCUUCAGGAUGGAAUAGUUGCAAAAGUUUUAGUUGAAGAAGGGUCUCGACGUAUAUAUUAUAAUACGGUGUCUGAUGUUGAGGUUGUUGAAGAUGAUAAGGCUUCUGGUGAAGAAUCACAACGAGUAGUAGAUGUUGCAAUGGAGAAGGAUAAAAAUGAGGUUAUGAGUGAGGAUGCUUCAAGAUCUAGCAGGAUUCCAGUGUUGGGUAAAAUGAAGAAAUUUUCGAAGAGACGAGCUUCCAUUCCCGAGUGGCAGUAUUCCACGAGAAAAAUAGAUCACGAUGAAAAAUUUCUUAUGAGUUUGAUGAGAGAAAAGGGGGUUACAUUUAGCUCUGCGCCUCAAUCUGUGUUAAAGUCAAUGAGGAGUACUCUGAUAACUGUGAUUACACUGUGGAUACCAUUAAUCCCGUUGAUGUGGAUUCUGUAUCGUCAACUUUCUGCCGCUAAUAGUCCAGCAAAGAAGCGGAAACCUAAUAGUCAGACAGUUGGAUUUGAAGAUGUCCAAGGUGUUGAUUCUGCAAAAGUAGAACUCAUGGAGGUAGUUUCAUGUCUGCAAGGCGAUAUAAAUUACCAAAAGGUAGGUGCAAAGCUACCUAGAGGAGUGUUGCUUGUCGGUCCUCCAGGAACUGGGAAGACAUUACUUGCACGUGCAGUAGCAGGGGAAGCAGGUGUACCCUUUUUCACAGUAUCUGCCAGUGAGUUUGUAGAAAUGUUUGUUGGAAGAGGAGCUGCUAGAAUCAGAGACCUUUUUAGUACAGCAAGGAAAUUUGCACCAUCAAUCAUAUUCAUCGAUGAACUUGAUGCAGUUGGAGGCAAGCGUGGAAGAAGCUUCAAUGAUGAACGUGACCAAACACUAAACCAGUUGCUGACAGAAAUGGAUGGAUUUGAAUCAGAGAUGAGAGUGGUUGUCAUUGCAGCAACUAAUCGACCGGAAGCCUUGGAUCCAGCCCUAUGUCGCCCCGGUCGUUUCUCAAGGAAAGUAUUUGUAGGAGAACCCGAUGAAGAAGGAAGGAGAAAGAUAUUAGCUGUGCAUCUAAAAGGAGUUCCUUUAGAGGAGGAUGUUAACAUCAUAUGCCAGUUGAUUGCUACUUUUACUGCUGGUCUUGUAGGUGCUGAUCUUGCAAACAUUGUCAAUGAAUCUGCUUUACUUGCUGCUCGAAGAGGUAGUGAAACUGUGGCAAGGGAAGAUAUAAUGGAAGCAAUUGAAAGAGCAAAGUUUGGAAUCAAUGAUAAGCAACUAAGGUCUAGUAAAUUAAGCAAGGAGCUAGGUAAGUUAUUUCCUUGGAUGCCAUCGUUGAUGGGAAGAAGUGAUAGGAAACAAGAUGACAUACAAGGUCCACUAGGUUAUCAAUCAUUGAAUUUAUGAAUGGCUUUGUGACUCUCAAAUUUACCUGUACAAUUUUUUUCCCUUUCAUUGUUCACAUUUUUUUCAGUGUAUGCAAAAAGUUUUGUUCACAACUUAUUUAAUGUUCUCAAGAAAACACUUUUCAUAGAAAAUGAGAAGUUAUUGUAUUUAUUUACUGGUUAAAGAUUAAAUUCGUCCCUAAUUAUAAGA